GGGUGCCAGGAAGAUUCGAGGGACCCGUGACCAACUCCUAUCUCUCAGACACAGAACAGCUGACCACGUGGUGCCGGUGCCGGGCUCACCCUCAAGAGCAGCUGCAGGACCCAAGCCUUGGCCAUGGAGUUUGUGAUGAAGCAGGCCCUGGGAGGGGCCACCAAAGACAUGGGCAAGAUGCUCGGGGGUGACGAAGAAAAGGACCCCGAUGCAGCCAAGAAGGAGGAGGAGCGCCAGGAGGCACUGAGGCAGGAAGAGGAGGAGCGCAAGGCCAAGUAUGCCAAGAUGGAGGCCGAGCGUGAGGUCAUGAGACAGGGUAUCCGUGACAAGUACGGCAUCAAGAAGAAGGAGGAACGUGAGGCAGAAGCACAGGCCGCCAUGGAGGCCAACUCGGAGGGCAGCCUGACGCGUCCCAAGAAGGCCAUCCCACCCGGCUGCGGGGAUGAGCCCGAGGAGGAGGAUGAGAGUAUCCUGGACACAGUCAUCAAGUACCUGCCUGGGCCCCUGCAGGACAUGUUUAAGAAGUAAGGCCAGUAGCUGGCCCCCACUCCCCGCAAAAGCCCCCCGGAAGGACGUCAGGAGCAGAGCCCCCAGAAUAAGCCAUAGUCCCUGGUCUCCACCCCUCCCCCUGCUGCGGUCUGUGCAGGGUGCCGGCCACUGGCCGCAGGAGCGAAGGGUGGCCUGGGACGCUUCCUGCCCCCUCUUACCACUCACCCAUCAACCCGAGACCCGGGUGCCCCACCUCGGUGCACAGUCCCCGCUCAGCCUGAACAGGAGCACAGCCAUAGUGGGGGGUGCGUGUGCAGACUGGGCGGGGCUGGUGCCGGCCCCCACCCCGCCCACAGACACCAGGCUGCUGCAUCUCCUGCGUCCCUAUCUUGUGCGGACCCUCCCCUCGCGCUGUCCCUUGUCCUGCCUCUCCCUACUGUGGAAGGCCCGGCCCAGCUCCCAUCUAAGAGAACAAGCAAUAGGCUGGGGUCUCUCUUCAGGGCCCGCCCCUCCUGUUCUCCGCUUGGCGCCUGCUUUCCCCAGGACACCCCCAUGCUCGAGCUGGCCUGCCAUUUCCCCUUGACCCUCCCCUGUUUAGGGGUGGGGUUGGGUGGAACACAGGUCCCCAGCUGGCAUUGGAUGUGUGCUCGGUGUAGUCCAGGCCAGCUGGACAGACAACACCAGCCCAUAUGCCCCCAACCCCAACCUCCUACCUUCAGCUUUCUCCAUUCUUGUUUAAUUUGGAUCAAAUAUGUUGAAUCUCAGGUAAAUGAGGUCUUCUGUAUUCGAGUUUAUCUUGCCAGGAAGUGUGCCUGGAUGCAGGCCCUUUCUGUCCACAUCAGCACCCAUUGUGUUCCGUGUUGUGGCCGGGGUGUCCCUGCCCAGCCCUUAGAAGCCAUAUGCUGUCUGCAAUAUCGCCCAGCCCUUUGCCCAGACAGGAGCAUGCCCUGCCCGCCCGCAGCCUGUCCUCUCCUAGCCUGUUCCCUUUUCCACACCAUCACAAGCCAGCUCUGAGCAGACAAAACCCGCCUGGUCCCAGCAUGGGGGCCAGAGCAACUGAGAGUAGCAAUAGCCAGUGAUGUCCUCUGUCUGUCUGUCCUUGUGCCUCUGUCCCCUCCUGCAUGUCGGGGGCCACUGAGCGUGUCCUCUCAGAUGGAAUCACAGCCAAUAAACAGUGAUUUCACA